CCCGCCAAAACUACUUUUACUUUCGAUUUGCCGCUUUUUCCAAAUCAGCCGCUAUGUCGGACAAAUGAUUUGUGAGAGUGAAAAGGAUUAAAAAGAAGAAGAAUUGCGACAACUUGGAGGACGCGACUCUAAUUGAGGUUGUUCCGCCAGCAUGGACAAGUCUCACCUUUCCAACAGCGACAUCAUCAUGACGAGCCCCGCAGGCGCCUACCCGCAGGAAGCGCUGACUCCGCCCAGGCCCGCCCACCAUCACUCUUCAUCUUCCUUAUCCUCGCCCUCCUCCUCGCCCCUCAAACCCAACCAGGUGGGCCAGGUCAUCCUGUACGGCGUGCCCAUCGUCUCGCUGGUCAUCGACAACAUCGAGAGGCUCUGCUUGGCGCAGAUCUCCAACACGCUGCUGAAGAACUACAGCUACAACGAGAUCCACAACCGCCGCGUGGCGCUGGGCAUCACCUGCGUCCAGUGCACGCCCGUGCAGUUGGAGAUCCUCCGCCGCGCGGGCGCCAUGCCCAUCUCCUCGCGCCGCUGCGGCAUGAUCACCAAACGCGAGGCCGAGCGCCUGUGCAAGUCCUUCCUGGGCGAGAACAUGCCGCCCAAACUGCCCGACAACUUCGCCUUCGACGUGACGCACGAGUGCGCCUGGGGUUGCCGCGGUAACUUCAUCCCCGCCCGCUACAACAGCUCCCGGGCCAAGUGCAUCAAGUGCUCCUUCUGCAACAUGUACUUCUCCCCCAACAAGUUCAUCUUCCACUCCCACCGCACGCCGGACGCCAAGUACACCCAGCCGGACGCCGCCAACUUCAACUCCUGGCGGCGGCACCUCAAACUCAGCGACAAACACCCGGCCGACGAGUUGGUCUACGCCUGGGAGGACGUGAAGGCCAUGUUUAACGGCGGCAGUCGGAAGAGGGCGUUGCCUUCCUCGAGUCAUUGUUCGUCCUUGAAGACGAUGCCCGGCCCUCACAUGAUGGCGGGCGACCUCGGUCCUCAGAAACGGGCCCACUUUGACGACGAAGAGGAGCUGGACGGGGGCGGUUUGUCCCCUCGCAAGACCCCGCGCUACCCCGUCAUCCCCGUGCCCAGCAAAGGCUUCGGGAUGCUCCAAAAGUUCCCCCCCACGUCGCUCUUCCCCUCCCCCUACCCCUUCCCCGCCUUCGGCCUGUGCCAGCAGAAGAAGGAGGACGGCGACGUCACGGCCGGGCACAAAGGGACGGGAUUGUCGGGUCUUUUAUGGCCCGGACGUAAGGACACUUUUUAUCCUCCCUUCUGCAUGUUUUGGCCCCCGAGGGCAGCGGGGGGCAUCCCGGUGCCCACCUACCUGCAGCCCCAGCCCAGCCUCUCCUCCCUGGCAGACAACCCCUCCCUCAGGCAGGCCUUCCUGGAUCUCUCCGACUCGUCCGAGCCCGGCAACGGAAACGCCCUCAACACAAACAUGACCCCCAGCAACGCGAGCGCCGCUUCAAGAUCCGGCCUCUUCGAUCCCGACUGCACGAUGGUGACCCCUGACCUGCGGCCCGUGACCUCCGAGAGCUGGCUUAAACUCCUGGACAACCCCGGUCUUCAAGCCAGGAAGCCCAGCUACGGCUCGGCGUUCCGUCCCGUCGUCAAGGACGCGGAGAGCAUGGCGAAGCUUCACGGCAACGCGGACGAAGAGCUCGGGGUCAUGGCGGCCGGCUCGGACCGCCACUCGCGGCUCUCGCCCGGGAGCAGCUGCAGCUACGCCAGCGAGAGCGGGGAAGCCGAGGGAGGCGACAGCGAGGAGGACGGCGAGGUGGACGUGGAGUCCUCCAAGCAGGACGACGAAGAGGACGAGGGGAGCUUCGCCGGCCGCCCCACUCAGACUCAAACUAACUUGUUCCUGAGCAACAGCGGCGGGGAGGAGAGGGGGAAAGCGAGGGGGAGCGCCUCCCCUCCCUCCCCUGUGGACCCCAUCCGCUUGGAGUCCCCCAGCCUGCCCGCCUCCUCGCCCGCCAGCCUGCCGCUCUCCAGCUCCACGCCGCCUCACAGAGAAGAGCUGGCUUUCAAAAACGUGGACAAAAACAGAAAUGAAGGACUACCCGCCUACGCAACCAAAGACAUUUCAGCAGCUCAACAAACAGUGGAGGACAACAAAGAGCAGAACGGCUUCUUCGGAGGAGACACCGAGACGUCAGCGCCGGACUACUGGAGGGAAAGCUCAGGAGAUCAAAGUCAAGGAGCUGCUUCUCCGGUCACGCUAAAGAAGGACGUGGAGAACAUGGAGAAAGAGGAGCUCCAGAAGGUUUUGUUGGAGCAAAUUGACUUCCGGAGGAGACUGGAGCAAGAGUUUCAUGCUCUGAAGGGCACUUCCCCAUUUCCUGUCUUCCAUACUUUCCAAGACCAGAUGAAGAGAGAGCUGGCCUACAGGGAAGAGAUGGUGCAGCAGUUGCAGAUGAUUCCAUAUGCAAACAUCAUUAGAAAAGACAAGAUCAGCUCGCAUCUUAAUAAGUAGCCCAAAAGGCUAUUUCAUCAAAGAAGAUCCCACAAUAAUACCCAUAAAAAAGAUGCCCCACAAUAAAUGAGAAGAAUGCAGACAUGUCUCAGGAGUUCCUGCACAGUCUGGUUACUUUACCAAAAAAAAGAC